AUGCUGGGAAUCAAUAUCCACAGAGAGUUUUCUGAGCAGCAUGAGUUCAAAAAGCCAAAUGAUGACCGUGCUCUUCAUCUGAUGACCAAGUGUGCCCAGACAGUGAUGCAAGAACUGGAGGAUAUUGCUCUUGCUUAUGGACAGAGCGAUGAAUACAGUUUUGUUUUCAAAAAGAAGAGUAGAUGGUUUAAAAGAAGAGCAAGUAAGUUCAUGACUCACGUGGUCUCCCAGUUUGCCUCAAGUUACGUCUUCUAUUGGAAGGAUUACUUUAAGGACCAGCAGCUUCUGUACCCACCAGGAUUUGAUGGACGAAUUGUGUUGUAUCCCAGCAACCAAAAUUUAAAGGACUACCUCAGCUGGAGACAAGCAGAUUGCCAUGUUAAUAACCUUUAUAAUACAGUGUUUUGGAUGCUUGUACAGCGAAGUGGUUUGACACCAGGGCAAGCACAGGACAGACUCCAGGGAACUUUGGCUGGAGAUAAGAAUGAAAUCUUAUUUUCUGAAUUCAAUAUCAACUACAACAAUGAACCUUUGAUGUAUAGAAAAGGAACAGUCUUAAUAUGGCAGAAGAUUAAUGAAGUCAUGACUAAGAAAAUUAAACUGCCAAAGGAAGGAGAAGAAAAGGAAGUUGAAGUGACUCGGACUAGGACUAAAGUCGUUCCCCUGCACUGUGACAUUAUUGGGGACCAGUUCUGGGAGGAAUAUCCUGAGAUCUUGGCUGAGGGCAGUUGAUGUCUCUGAUAAGUAUAACCAGUAGUUUGUGUUUGGCUCUGCUUGGGUUGUUGGCAAGUGAGGAGUGUGAAUGGUGGCUGAGGAGAAUUUAACCUGAAACCCUGUUCAGCAGUUGCAUUAGGUCUAGCACUGCUGUUGCCUGAAAAAAAGAUCCAGGUAUUUUGUUUGACCUACGAGGAUAUGCCCAUUUGGAAAACCUAAUAUAUUAUAUUUUGAAUGUUAAGAACUCAU